GGCCUUCUCUCUCUCUCUCUCCAAUUGUGGCUUUCUCUCUCUACACCUGGGGUUUCUCUCUAUAUUCUCUUUUCUUAUUUGGUGACCUUUCUAACCAGUGACCUCUCUCUGUUUACCUCUCUCUCUCUCUCCAUUUGUGGCCUUAUCUCUAUAUCUGGGGUGUUCUCUUUCUCUCUCUAAAGUUUGGGGCAAUUCUCUCUCUACAUUUGGGGCAUUCUCAACCACUUCCGCACAUUGUUCUUCCGACGUUUAAGGUUACUUUUAGAAACUGCAAAGUACAUGGUCCUCAUUUGAUGGUUGUAUCAAGUUUCUUAGACAUGAUCGAAGUUUGUAAGGGGAGUGAGAAACUCAAUUCUGAAUGAUCAGAGUAAUUUAAAAAAGUGUCACAAGCUUAUAGGAAUCAUGGGGUUUGUUAAUUCUGGCUUCUCUUCAACAAGCACACAAUUCGAACAAGCCCGAGUUAGUGGAGGAGGUAGAAGUCAAAAUCUCAAAUUUAGCUAUGGAUAUGCAAGUUCGCCAGGGAAAAGGUCUUCCAUGGAAGAUUUUUAUGAGACCAGAGUGUGUGGUGUUGAUGGACAAAUUGUUGGUCUUUUUGGCGUAUUUGAUGGUCAUGGUGGUGCACAGGCUGCGGAGUAUGUGAAACAAAACCUUUUUAGCAAUUUGAUAACUCAUCCGAAGUUCUUUUCUGAUACCAAAUCAGCCAUAGCCGAUGCCUAUAAUCAUACAGACUCAGAAUUCCUAAAGAUAGAUGAUAACUAUCAGAGAGAUGCUGGAUCAACAGCAUCCACUGCUGUUCUUGUUGGUGAUCGUUUGGUAGUUGCGAAUGUCGGGGAUUCACGGGCUGUUAUUUGUAGGGAUGGAAAUGCUGUAGCUGUCUCACGUGAUCAUAAACCAGAUCAAAGUGACGAAAGGCAAAGAAUUGAGAAUGCUGGAGGGUUUGUGAUGUGGGCUGGCACUUGGCGAGUUGGGGGUGUUCUAGCUGUCUCUCGUGCAUUUGGUGAUAAACUCUUGAAGCAAUAUGUUGUGGCUGACCCUGAAAUCAAGGAGGAGGUGAUUGACAAUUCUCUCGAGUUUCUCAUUCUUGCUAGUGAUGGUCUGUGGGAUGUCGUUACCAACGAGGAGGCUGUUUCCAUGAUAAAGUCCAUAGAGGAUCCAGAAGAGGCAUCCAAAAGGCUAACUCAAGAAGCUUAUCGCAGAGGCAGUGGAGAUAAUAUCACUUGUAUUGUUGUGCGUUUCGAGGCUGGGCAAGGGGAGACUGGUCCAUGCUAUUGUAAAAGGGCAAAGUCGAUUUUCAAACAGUUGAACAAGACACCUCAUGUCAUUGAGCUUGACGAAAGAGAUGAUGGAAGUGAUAUUCAAGAUGCUUUGGGUCAGAUGUUCGGGAAGCAAACAGUACCUCAAGUGUUUAUCAAUGGAAAGCGCUUAGGUGGAUCAGAUGGUAAGAACAUUAAUUUCUCUCAUAGUCUCUUUGGCGAUGCAGUUGUGCUACCUGUUAAACAGGGUUUGUCCACCCUCAAAAAGGUGCUAAAUUUUUAUCUCAGAUUAAUUAGAACACCCCCAAAUGGCUCCCUGGCUCCUCAGGAUAUUUUACCAGAUGGGGUUCUAUCGCUGUUUCCUCUGCUACUUAAAACCAGAUACCCAGAUGUAGCUGUAAGGAGCGUAGAGAUUGUUGGAGCAGUUUCUCUUUGGUCUUUAGAAGCUAAUAUAAAGUUGGUUUCUGAUGAAGAAAUAGUUAAUGCAAUGGUAUCCAUGCUUGAGAGCAAUAAGAGAAGGGUGGUCAUGGCUGCGUGUAAUGCUGUUAUGGAUUUGGCCACAACCACAAUUGGAAGUGAAUCUCUGUGCAAAUCAUCUUCCAUUGAGAAGAUAUUGUCUUUAUUUUGUCAGGAGCUGCACUGUUCUAAAGAAUUCACUUAUUGUUUGAGUUGGUUGAGUGGAAAUCAUUGUUUUUCUGAGGGAGACUCAUUCCUAGUGCUAGUUCUUCAAUCACUGGAAACCCUAAUUAAGGCUUGUGACAAAGAUCGCUUGGUGAAAAUCCCAAAGGAGCUAGCUACUUCCUCAUUGGACUAUCUUAAACAGUUAUUGGGCAAAUUGCAGGAGGGAAAAUUGCAGGAUUUGCCAAAAAUAGAAACAGAUUGUCCAGAGCAAAAAUGCCAGCCGAAUUCUAAGAGAUGGUCUGAUCUGGCUGAAACCAUAUUUAGGCUCUCAAUGAUCCAUUGUUGCUUUACUACUUACUCAGUUGAUGCCAUUAAGGAAAGCAUAUUUGGAAAUACAGAAUGUUCCUUUGAUAUGUUUUUGACAAACCAUUGGGAGGAUUCACCUGUACUGUUAAAGAAGAAAUCUAAGGCUUCAGAUGAUUAUGAUAAUAUCAUUGGCUCGUUAAUUCAGUCCAUUAAUUCUGAAAGUAUUGAAACCAUCCUUGGUUCUAUCUUACGAGGCUUGGUUCCCUGCCCACCUAUUGCAUCAGAUGAAUUGGAGAUUCUAAAUUUCCUCAAAGAGGUCCACGGUAGUAUGGGUGGCCCAUUAAUAUAUGGACAGGACAUUCGACUUGUGAAAACUGUCAAGGAAUUGACUUCGUUACCAGAUGAAGAGAAUUUGGGGGAAGAGAUUCAUUUUACUGUUGAACUCAAAAGCUCGUGCAGCAUCAUUGAGAACACCAAAGAGGUUAUGGAGCAUGAAUGUAGAGAUGCUUAUUACAGUGGAUAUACAAUUGCUCUUCGUGGUGUGGAGUUCCGCUCUGAUAAAGUUGCUGCAAUUGCGGAUAACUUAGCUGUGAUUUUUGGGCAACCAUCUGUUGGUGCGAACAUUUAUCUGACACCGCCUAAUUCUCAGGGUCUUUUGCGCCAUUAUGAUGAUCACUGUGUAUUUAUAUGUCAACUGCGUGGGAGUAAGAGAUGGGCUAUUUUUCCUCGAACAACUCUUCUACCUCGCUUGUACGAACCUCUAAAUACCCUGCAUGUUUCAGAUAGUGAAGGUUGCAGCGGAAAAACCAAAGAAAUUUUGCUCAAAGAAGGGGACAUUCUUUAUAUUCCCAGAGGCUGUGCUCACGAGGCUCAGACAGUUAUGGGUGACCCUGAAAUUGUUGACUCUCCCGAGUUCUCUUUACACUUGACGCUCGGUAUUGAGGUUGAACCUCCAUUUGAGUGGGAAGGCUUUACUCAUGUUGCUCUCCACUAUUGGUGCCAAAAAAGGGAGAGAUUGGCUCCUCCCAAUGUCGGUUGCCAAAUUUUUUUGAAAAGCAUGUCUAUUAAUUUGUUACAUGUAUCAAUCAGGCUUGUCGGGAGCCAUGACACAAUAUUCAGAAAGGCGUGCUUGGUUUCUGCAAUCCCUUUGCCUUCAAACUUCGAUCCCAUUGUUAGAGAGAGAGAAAACACUCUCUCCCUGAAUCCAAAAGCAUGUUUCUCUCACCUUAUUAGCAAAAUACAUGAAGAAUGCAGUUUCACGGAUGCAAUUGCCAGUGUAAAAUCUGCUAUUGAGUACCCAGCAAGAGAUUCUCUCCAUUGGAUGAGAUGGUUGGGACACAUUAGUGCUUUGACUAAUAGUAAAGACGGGACUAACUGCAAUAACCCUCUAUUGGUCUUCAAGGACCUGCUUCAAAUGAAUGUCUCAGAGGUUGCAGAAGUGGAAAAACUCUUUUUCGAAGCCAAAUCUGAUUUUUGCUCGAGCAUAAUAUUUGAGGAUGUUAUUGAGAAUUACAAUGUGCUAUUAGACAGGUAUAGAAAUGUAAGGAAACAAUACAUGAAAGGAAUGCUUUCGCUGCAACGUUUUUUAUAGCUGAAGUUGGACUUCCCAACAUACUUUCAAAUUCA